UUAGCCAUGGAUAACACGAGGCCACAAGCGGGUUUUACUGAAAGAUUUCGCCAAAUGAACGAAAUGCGCAAGAACAAGAAAUUAUUGGAUUUCGCAUUGGUUAACAAUAACGGUGAACAAGUAUGGGGUCAUUGGCUCGUGAUGGCUUCAAUGAGCCCUUUAAUUGAAGAAAUUGCUAUGUCGAAUGGCGAAAGAAGAUUGCUUUUAAAAAAUAUAAGCGCUGAAUCGCUGGAACAUAUAGUUAAUUACAUGUAUACCAUUGAAGUAAACUUAACCCGUGAUAAUGUUGAUAAUAUUUUAGCUGGAGCUUCUCAACUGAGGAUGAGAUACUUACAAGAAGCGUGUUUGGAUUUUUUGGAAAAUAAUUAAAAUAGAUUUAGUCUAUUCUCAUCUCAUGCUGUUUUAGCCCACGUCUUU